AUGGUCGAGGGCCCAGCCUUCUGGUGUGUCAAGGAAGGAUUCUAUGACGACCAAUACCGCGUCAGAGCGACAAUCGGGCUCUUCCGCUGGCCCGAAGAUGGCUUUCCACAGCCUCACGUUAUCCAUCCAACGUCCUUGGACAGUAUCUUUCACCUAGCACUCAUCGGAUAUUGCCAUAGUGGCAAAAGGACUGUUCCCACCAUGAUUCCUUCAUCUCUGCGCCGACUGUAUGUCAGCAGGACGGGAUUGAGCUAUCCAGAUAGUGACGAGGUCCAGGAGUAUACCUGGCCAGAAAUAUUAGACCGUCGUGGAGCGUGCUUCAGUGGGUUCGCUUUGAAUCAGAGUAAUGGUGCUUUGUCGGUGCAGUUUAGUGAUCUGAGAUUGACUACCAUCGCCAGCUCUAGAGAUGAUUCUGUUGCUGAUACACUGGGCGGGCUGCAACUGGCAUAUCAAAUACAGUAUCAGCCCGAGCCCGAUUUCCUGGACCCCAAAGAACGCUAUAUGGAUAUGCUCGCCCACAGAAAUGGCGAUCUUCGCAUCUUGGAGCUGAAUGUUGGGGAUCGAAGCUCAACAAAAGCCUUGCUGCAUACCCUGUCCGUGUACAAUGAGGCCGGUGGAAUAGUCUAUCCCAGACUCACCAAUUUCUCCACCGAAGGCGUGACGCUUCAAACGGGCUGGCGUCCCUCGCCUGAGCCCCAACCCAUUGACCUCACGAAGCUUGAGACCGACAGCCAUCCCGAUUGGAUCUCCUACCACUGCGCCUUCUACCCGGAUGGGUUCCGACGGGGACAUUCCUACGCCAAGGCCUUCAUCCCGAGAAUCCCGCGCCAUGAAGCCACCUUCGUCGAACAGUGGAUUGAACCAGACUGA